AUGACCCUCACUCACAGUCGCGCCCACCGCACCCCCCAGACCCAGGCUGAGGGCGGCGAGCCCAGUGGGGAGGGCGGGGUCCCGUCGUGCAGCGGUUCGGACGGCCGUGCGUCCAAGAAGGCUAGGAGUGCUGGCAGCGCCAAGGAACGGGGAGGGGACAAUCCGCGCAAGGAGGACGAAGACGCUCCUGCUGCUGCUGCUGCUGCUGCCGGUGAGAGAGGCGACGAGGAGACACACAUGAUAAGUGAAUGUAUUCGCAUCCCGAUUUGUGUCAUUUCCUUCCUCAGGCUCAUGUGAGCAGUCAGCUGCCGCAGCGGCGGCGUCAUCGUCUUGGUUCGAGGCCGCCAAGCCCUUAUCCACCGCUCUGCCGGCCGAGUACUGUACCAUCCCUCUGAGCCUCUGGCGUUAAGGGCGUGCCGGAGCGAUGCGUGGAGGUGCAGGGGGGACAUGCGCAUCAACUGAGAUCAGGGAUAGCGAUGACGAGAAUUCAACCAGACGGACACGUAAGGCACACGAGGGAGGGGGGGCGAGACGGGACAAUGGCGAUCUGAUCUGAUGGGUGCCGGUCUGUGUCUGUGUCUGUGUCUGCAGAGUUUGUGUGGGGCAGGGUAGCAAGAAGGACGCCGCCAACGAGGCGACGAAAGCGCCGACGACAGCCAUGACGGUACGCACACCACACAGCGAUGGGGAAACGAACACAGCACACAAACAAGCUUCUCCCUCCCGUGUCUUUCGUGUCGAUCAGAGGAGGUGCGGUGCGCAUGUUGGACCACCCGCCAUUGCUGGCAAGCGCGCCCGUGUCAUCCUACUCGGGGCAAAGCGGCGUGUGGCACUCCGCGAGGAGGACGACGAUGGGUCCCUCCGGCGUCGGUUCGACGUCACCGUCACCUCCUCCCCCCAUCCCUCUCGCGAGAACCAGCUGGGUGUGGUGUGGCACGAGGACCAGCUGCAGUACGUGUUGGUGCGGGGCCACCGCAGCCCCAAGAUCCUGCACAAGACACGGCCCCGCUCCGACACCAUCGCCUCCCUCAAAAUCGCCCUCUACUCCCUCCUCAAGCACCCCGACAAGUACCGCGCUGUGCAGGCCGCAGACCAGACGUUCCUCCGCACACUCGCACACAAGCAACAGAAGAAGGCGGCGCAGCAGCAGGAGCAAAUCAUCAUCCAGGAGGGCAAGGAGGUGGCUGAGGGAGCUGCCGCGCCGGCCCCGCCAUCCUACGGCAUUGACGAGCAGCCCCUAUCGGCUCAGGUGCAGGUGGAUCAGCCCCGAGAGGAGCUCCCCAAACAACUACCCAUCCCACACUGGACCCACAGCAAGAAAUCGAAGACUUUGA